UGAUCAUCUGAGAAUAAUAAACUUAUCGUUUGGGAUUAAACCGACUUAAUUGCCCAAUAAAGUUUAUUAAGCAACUAUAAUUUUAAAAUCUAAUUUAAUUUUCCGAGUUUUUUCAUUUUACGUUUUCAAAUCUUAGUGUUUUUCGCAGAACUUUGAUGUCGCGAAUAGUUCCUGUAAUAAGCUUGUACGGGCUGACAUACGACCCAAAUGUUUAAUGAGAGUUUUGUUUCUUUGCCACGCAGAAGGAACUCAUAACCGAGAGAAUGCCAAAUGCUAAUCUAACGUUCCGUCCAAACUGACAAGUGCCAACUCUAACAAAAAUCUGUCAUUUAAAAUUUCACAGGAGGCUUGAAAUUUGGUUAUCAAGAACCUGUUUGAAGGAGCAAGUGUAAAACCAAUGCGACUAUCACGACAAAGUGUUCAAAGUUAUUUUAAGAACCCAGAGAACCGUUAAGGCUUUCAAAUUUGAAACCUUACACAGGCUAACGGCAGUUUUGGAAAUGGUAAAUGAUGAAGAUGAAGCAACUACACCGAGUUUUUUUGAAAAGAAAAGCUUGGAUUACGUUUCAAUCUCGUUCAUUGCUCUGUCGUUCUUGAAUACUUUAUUUGUCAUUACCACAACCCUGGGGAACAUUUUGAUAGUCUUCGCUCUUCGAAAGAAGUCUUCUAUUUAUCCGCCAUCAAGAUUCUUACUUCGUUCUCUGGCGAUCACCGAUCUCUGUGUUGGUCUCAUUUCGCAGCCGUUAGCUGCUCUUCACGCCAUUGCUAUUCUGACUGGACAAUUGGGCAUCUAUCUGUUCACCUCUGUAUCAAGCUAUGUAACCAGUGCAGUUUUAAGCGGGGUGUCGCUCUUUGUUCUAACCUUUAUCAGCAUCGAUAGAUUGCUAGCUCUGUCGCUUGGAGUACGAUACAGACAAACUGUAACUACUGGCCGAGUUCGUGCUUUCGUGCUUGUCAGCUGGGUGUUAAAUGUUGUCAAUGGAGUUGCGCUUCUUUCGCGGAACAAAUUUGUUUUCUAUAUAGUGUGUAUCACAGCAAUCUUUCUUUGCGUGUUAACGUCCACCUUUUGCUACGCCAAAAUUUACCAUAUCCUUCGUCUGCAACAAAUAAAAGUUCGAGCUAUCGGCUCUCAUCGAAAGCCCAAUGGAAGGUCUUCGCGCAAUAUCGAACAAUACAAAAAAACAGUUUCAAACGCACUGUGGGUUCACUUCACAUUGUUAGCGUGUUAUCUCCCGUACAGCAUAGUUUCAGGACUAAGAGCAAUUACUGGCGAAUCCUUUCUAGUCGCCGAGGGCUUCUCUGCGACUUUAAUCUUCUUCAAUUCAUCGGUCAACCCUGUUCUGUAUUGCUGGCGAAUCAGGGAAGUGAGGAAAGCUGUGAAAGAUGCGAUCGGGCAAUACUGUAGUUGUUUAAAUGAGUGAUAUUAAUGAAGAAAUGUCUGUAUGCAGAGUAACCUUAACUAACCUGGCAGCCAAACGAAGGCUGGAUAGAAAACGUCUAUAUGAAAUAUUUCCAUUUAAAAAUCACUUUUUUGAUUCUAAUAAAGGAUUAUAAAAGAAUUAAAAAAAAAAAACAUGCAGUAAUUCUGUUUGUCAGCGUGCCUGAAUAAAAUUGCUUUAUCGAGCGCCACUGCGUUAAUUUUUGAAACUCAACAGAAUGUUUUGGCAAAAUGCAGAAAAUUGAACGGUCACACAUCAAGAACUUCCCUAUAUUUUUCCUUUAAACCUAUCAUUUUAUCGGGAGACUCUAACACAAAACUACCUUGUACAACCCAAGAAAAACAACUUACACCAUAUGGUCACCCAUUAGCCUUCCCACCCACAUACUGAAAAACUACCAUCGCAAGAAUGGACUCAAGAUUACCCCUUUGGGUCAAUGGAUAAUCUCUUGGUCAAAACCAUUAACCUGCCAAAAUGCUAGUUUACAGUUUAUGUGUGGUAUAAUAUAUGGAAAAUUUUAUUGUUCUUGUGGAAUGAUUCUUUAUUUAGAGUUUUAUUAAGACUAUACGAAUACACAACAAGAAUCAAGACUGAAUUAAGUGCUAUUGUUCUCACACAAGAUGAUCGUGGGGUGAGAACACGCAAGCUUUAUAAUCUGCACAAUAAAGGGCGUUCGCUCGAAAAUGUUCUACUCGAUAGAUGUUUUUCAAACUUUUACUGCGGUCAGAUAAUAAAUUACUUGUUUCAGAAAUGAAAAAAAAU